CAUAAAGUGUAUUUAAUGUUUUAACAUCGUGUGGUUGCUUCUCUGCUGGCACUACAAGGUCAGAAUAAGCUAAAGACAGAAGAAGUGGGAUAGACAAUGGAAAUGUUACUCUCAUUGUUUUUGGUCGUUCUCAUUUUGUCAACCUAAACCUUGACAAAUUUUGCUGUAUAUUAACAUUUGGAAAUUGGUACUCUCGUGUACACAAGUCAUUCAAAAUUUGUUUGAAGAACCGCACCUGCACCAUACAAUGGGAGAAGUGAAGCUACUGGGAGUUUGGCCUAGUGGAUUCGUUUACAGGAUCAUAUGGGCUUUAGAGCUGAAGGGCGUAAAAUAUGAGUAUAUACAAGGAGAAUUCAACAAGCCUGAUUUCUCUGAUUUGCUGUUGAAGUAUAACCCAGUUUACAAAAAGGUUCCAGUUCUUGUUCUUGAAGGAAAGCCAAUCGCUGAAUCCAUGGUUAUUCUUGAAUACAUAGAGGAAACAUGGCCACAGCCACACUUGCUUCCACAGGACCCGUAUGAGAGGGCCGUGGCAAGGUUCUGGGUUAGUUUUGCAGAGGAAAAGAGCGUUUCUUUUAUGUCAUUCUUUGUGAGUGUUGGAGAAGAGUUUCAGAAGGCAAGAAAGGAAGUCAGAGAAGUGCUCAAAGUAUUAGAAGAAACCAUUGGGGACAAGAAGUAUUUUGGUGGUGAAGAAAUUGGACUGUUAGACAUAAACUUGGGAUGGAUAGCCUUGUUUUUUGGAGUCAUUGAAGAUGUUGUUGGUAUUAAAGUUUUAGUUGUGGAUGAUUUCCCUCGCUUGUUUACUUGGAUUCAGAACUUCAGGGAGCACCCCGCUGUCAAGACAAACUUCCCAAGUCACCAAGAGUUGUUUGAUUAUUACAAGCAGAAGAGGGAGACCAUGGUUCCAUCCCAGAUAGCAUGAAUGCUGGCUAGAACUGAUAUGUUAUCUGUACGAUAUACUCCUUUACAUUUAGUAAAAUUCCUUGUGCUAGGAUAAUUGGAUUGGAUAAUGUUCUUGUUUCAAUGAUGCUACUUCACAUGUCAACCAUCAUUCAAUCUGCAGAAUGUGUUCACAAUAAUUUGCGUUUUAAUUGUGUUCAGUUCUUUGGACAGUUGAAUUAAUAUCACCUUAACUUUCAA